AGCGUUGCGCUCUGAUUGGCUGACUUGGUGGACGACAUGGCCGACGAAAGCGAGCAGCGCAAAUCCCGAGGAAGUCGAAGUUGCACCAGUUGAUAGAACACGUCCAGGCGCAAAUCUGCAACUACGCAGCGUAUAAACACGCACAGACGGCCGAGUAAAUUAAGGGCGAGCGCAGCAGUGAUGCCAGCCCAGCCUGCUCCGCGUGAAACAGAAGAGGAAAUGGAAACGGAGCCUGAUUCCGAGGUGCCUCACGCCAACGGAGAGACAGAGGAGGAGAGGGAGCAGGAGGGAGGAGAGGCCGAGGAGACGAUGGAGGAGAGUGGAGAGGAGCGAGACAGUGACCUGGAGGACAGUGAAGCAGAGGAAGAUGAGGAGGAAGAAGAGGAGAGUUCAGAGAUUGAUGAUGAAGAUUGUGAGAGGAGGAGAAUGGAGUGUCUGGAUGAGAUGUCUGAUCUGGAGAAGCAGUUCCUGGAACUCAAAGAAAAGUUAUUUCGUGAGCGACUGGACCAGGUGAAAGUAAAGCUGGAUGAGGUGCUGACAGGAAAAGCAGGAGAGUACAGAGAGCCGCUGGCUAUACUUCAGAAAAACAUGCAGCUUCGCACUCAGGUAGCAGGUGUUUACAGAGAGCUGUGCCUUCAGGUGAUCAAACACAAGCAUGAGUGUGAGAUUCAGGGAGCAAAACAACAUCUGGAGAGUGAGAGAGUCUUGCUGUUUGACACCAUGAAGACAGAGCUGUUGGAAAAGAUCCGCAGGCUGGAGGAGGACAAGCAGAGCGUGGAUAUCACCUCAGCUUUCCCUUUUGUCUCAGAGUGGUGGAGUGAUGAAGUGAGGACGAAGAAGUGUAAGAAGAGAAAUCUCCUAAGUCAACUGGAGAGGAAGAAAAAACCAGCACUCGUGUCAGGACCCUAUAUAGUGUACAUGCUGAGGGACAUUGACAUACUGGAAGACUGGACAGCCAUUAAGAAGGCUAAAGCAGCACUAAUCCCCAUGAAGAAGAAGUCAGACAGUCGUCAGUUGUCAGUGCGCUGUGAAGGAGGUACUCUGUUUUAUGAGGGAGAGAGAUUCUCAAAGGGCAACACUGUUCUAUUGGAAGUCAAUGAUGAAAGCCCAGCACAGGCAGUCAUAACAGCAGUCAGUGCAGGGGAAGUGUGGUUCAAAAGGACAGACGGCAGCAAAACCAAAAUUUACAUUUCACAGCUACAGAAAGGCAAAUACACAAUAAGUAGAGCCUAAAGUGCGUGUGCGCACGCACGCACGCACUCACUCACCAAAUUGUGUGCUGCAGCUGUGUAUAUGGGUCAAAGAUGAAGUGUCUUUUUUUGGCAUUUAUGUUCCUGUUUUCAAGAAAUUACUUAUAUGCAAUAACAUCAUUUCAACUUUCUUUAAAUUAUAUAUAUAUAUAAAAAAAAGACACUAAAGGGAAAAACUAAGUGGCAAAAGUGGUGAUUCAGAGAAAGAAAAUGGAUUCAGAAAAACAGUCCGCAUUAAUAAAAGUAAAGAAAAACGCAAAAGUCAAAGAAUCUUUAAAGGAUCCGUUUCUUAAUCUGAAUACUCCUGAUUUGUUUCCUUGCUGUCUUUGACCCAUGUACAGCAUACAUACCCUGUUUUAACAUCAGUACAUUCUGUCAAGAGUUCCUGCAACAGUGUACUGCUGGGUAAUUCCUAACAUACUUGCAGACAAACAGCUAGUCAUCAGAGCUUCAUCAAGAAACACAAUAUGGCACUGGAAGGAGUGCUCCCCUAACACAGUCUUUCCAGUGGACAGACGGCUUAACAGCAGCUUCUGUUCACCAGCACACAUUGCUUAUGACCCAGCUACGAAACUGCUGAAUCACUGUUCUCCAUCUGCAGGCACACAGCCACAGCUAUACACACCGCUACACUAUGAGAGCUACGCAAGGCCAAAUAGGGAUUGUAUAGAUGCCCAAUUAAUAGAUCAUUACUCUUUACCAUAUCCCAGUAUAACAAACUGGAUUACCAAAAGCAGAGCAAAACAAUGCUCCUAUAUAGAUGUACACUAAAGAUUUUACAAAGGCCUCACCGACUGCAUCUAUUCAACUCUUAUUGCUGUCUACUUUAGUAAACCUGCAGUCGCACUGGAAAUUUGCACUUUGAGUCUCCUUGUGUAAUUGGUCAGACAAGGGCAGGCUUGGAAGAAUGGUCAGAAUGUAGCAGUUAGCAUUUAGCAAAAAGUGUACGUGUCAUAUUUGCUUAUGCAAUUCAGCUUCCCAAAAGGGGCAGUAACACACGGGUCUGUUCCCACCUAAUGCCCAGUGUUUGUGGUAGGCUUUAGAAACAUAAAACAGGAUAACUUGACCAGGAUGAAGCCUUUACUAUAGAUCAAUGAAGAAAUCGAGGCCUACCUAUACACAAAGCUUUGUUUUUACACGAGUUGGUUGCUAGCAAGCUGGCUAAGCAUUGACCAGUAACAAACCUAAAACAGCGAUAGCAUCAGUUCCAGCCUCCUGUGUACUAUGCAUACUUUAUAGUCAGGUCUAGAAUUAUGUCCGAUCUCAUGCCUUCCAACUGUUCAAAUGAGCUCUUUUGUAAUUUUGCACCCUUUUGCAGCACUAUACAAAGUACCACCUGUUUUAGAGAUCAUCUUGAUUGAUCCAUGAUUUGAUUUCAUGUCUCACUUCGCCAAAUUAACAUUAAUUUGCUUUGGAAACAAACGUCGCACGCAACAGAUUCUACUGAAUUGUAAUGAAUGUAAUUUAUUUGAAAAAGCUAGAAUGACUGGGUCUUAUUGCACACCCUGGUGCCAUAUCUUACUUCUAUAAGAGCAGCAGGCUUGUAGAAAAAUAGGGCCAAGUCGCAAAAUUCGCUUUAAUUACACUUGCACUUCAGAAGGAGAAGAUAGGAGAUGUAAGAUUUUUUGUGUGUGUCUGAGCUCAUUUUGAUAAGCCUUAAGUGCAACAGAGAAUUUAUAUGUUUGUAAGCUGAUUUGGAACCUGAGGGUGCUUAUAAAACUUAUUUAAAUGUGUUUAAUAUAAUCUUGUAUUUAUAACAAAAAAGGUUUAUUAAAAUCUGGUCUUUUAUUAAA